AUGGAUUUCGGCAGUAUUCGCUCUGCUGAUGAUAUGAGUACUAAGAGAAUUUUGGAGAUAAUAAGUGAUUUGAAAGAGGAAAUGGGUUUCACUGAGUACACCUCUGUGUCCUUAGUCGAGAGCUCUGAUCGGAUUACCAUAGGUGAGAAAGAAUACCUCGACCAGGUUUUGAGGCCAAGGGGCUUACUUACCGGAGAGGCAAAAGAGGAGAUAAAUUUGUCGGACCUAGGAAUUCUGGGCAUUAAGUUCGGGGUAGCGACCACUGGGGCUAAACUACUAAAGUUCCUAGGUACGAACAUAUUGAGGGAUGUGUUUGGUAGUGAGGUUAGAGUCACGAGACCCGUCAAGCGUGUAGACAUACGACUGACGAAUCUCGACGACUCUAUCACUCCCAGCGAGAUGAGGGCGACUAUAGCUGGAAGAUGUGUUUGUUCUGCGGAUGGUAUCGUGCUGGGCCCAUUAAUCGAGGGAGAUGACGGACUCAAUGUGGCCCUAGAAAGAUGCCCGGUCAGAGCAGCUGAUCUGCUUCUUAAGGAGGGUCGAUUGCAGAUUGAAUUGCAGAUCGCACGCUGGCCGGACAUUGCACGCCCCUACUCUGUCGGGGGGGUGCGUUUCGAAUAUCUCUGAGACGUACUCCCAACCCGCGAGGGACUUUUUCUUUUCAGGGCGGGCCGAAAUGGGCGCGAACCGCGUGGUGUAUGGCCUUUGGGCCGAUUCCAUGAAUCGCCUUCCAUGCGAGGAACAUCGCUGGGUUUUAGUGGGUAUAUUGACUAGCCCCAUUCUGGGAUGGGUCCGCAGGGGGAGCCCCACAUGCCCCGGUUAGCCGCGCUGGCGACCCGGGGUAUGCAGUAAUGCAUUCCCCAGCGUCAAAAUUUUUAACCUAUCUAAGAACACUUGGGCUACUAAGACAAAUCUAAUGAUACAAUCAUCUAAAUCCGUUCAGCAGUUCUGAAGAUUUGAAGUAAUAAAGAAUAUUACAUAGAUACAUACAUACAAGAAAACAUAACCCUUACUUUGCAGUCGGGUAAAAAUAAGGGAAAAUUAUGGUAAAUUUAAAAAGAAUUUAAUAAUUAUUACAGGGUUAGAUAUUUGGAAAGCGGAAAUAAUUUUGCAGAAUUAGAUAGCAGCCGAUACUAA